CCGCCACCGCCAACCGCGCGCCCGGGGGAUCGGCCGGACGGCACAGGGGCCGCCGCGGCCGCCGCGGCCGCGGCCGCCGCGGCCUGGGACACGCUCAAGAUCAGCCAGGCGCCGCAGGUGAGCAUCAGCCGCAGCAAGUCGUACCGCGAGAACGGGGCGCCCUUCGUGCCGCCGCCGCCCGCGCUGGAUGAGCUGGGCGGCCCGGGGGGCGUCACGCACCCGGAGGAGCGCCUCGGCGCGGCCGGGGGCCCGGGCAGCGCCCCGGCUGCGGGUGGUGGCACCGGCACCGAGGACGACGAGGAGGAGCUGCUGGAGGACGAAGAGGAUGAGGACGAGGAAGAGGAACUGCUGGAGGACGACGAGGAGGAGCUGCUGGAGGACAACGCCCGCGCGCUGCUCAAGGAGCCCCGGCGCUGCGCUGUGGCUGCCACUGGCGCCGUGGCCGCAGCAGCUGCCGCUGCAGUGGUCACAGAGGGCGGGGAGCUGUCACCCAAGGAAGAGCUGCUGCUGCACCCGGAAGACGCUGAGGGCAAGGACGGCGAGGACAGCGUGUGCCUGUCUGCGGGCAGCGACUCGGAGGAGGGGCUGCUGAAACGCAAACAGAGGCGCUACCGCACUACGUUCACCAGCUACCAGCUGGAAGAACUGGAGCGAGCGUUCCAGAAGACACACUACCCCGACGUCUUCACCAGGGAGGAACUGGCCAUGAGGCUGGACUUGACCGAGGCCCGAGUCCAGGUCUGGUUCCAGAACCGUCGGGCCAAGUGGCGCAAGCGGGAGAAGGCGGGCGCGCAGACCCACCCCCCGGGGCUGCCCUUCCCGGGGCCGCUCUCUGCUACCCACCCGCUCAGCCCCUACCUGGACGCCAGCCCCUUCCCUCCGCACCACCCGGCGCUAGACUCUGCUUGGACUGCCGCUGCCGCCGCCGCCGCCGCCGCCUUCCCGAGCCUACCUCCGCCUCCCGGCUCGGCCAGCCUGCCGCCCAGCGGGGCGCCGCUGGGCCUGAGCACUUUCCUCGGAGCGGCAGUGUUCCGACACCCGGCUUUCAUCAGCCCGGCAUUCGGCAGGCUCUUCUCCACAAUGGCCCCCCUGACCAGCGCGUCGACCGCGGCCGCUCUCCUGAGACAGCCCACACCCGCCGUGGAGGGCGCAGUGGCAUCGAGCGCCCUGGCCGACCCGGCCACGGCGGCCGCAGACAGACGCGCCUCUAGCAUAGCCGCGCUGAGGCUCAAGGCCAAGGAGCACGCGGCGCAGCUCACGCAGCUCAACAUCCUGCCGGGCACCAGCACGGGCAAGGAGGUGUGCUAAAGGCUGCCCUCCACCCCCGCGCCCCGCGCGCGCCCCGAAAGGUCACCUCACUCAGCACCACUCAAGACCAAAUGGAAACAGAGGACCAGCACACUCCCGAGACGGCACUGAGAGAACGCAGCCGCCUUCGCAGCACUCUGGAUGCGGGCAUGGCAGCCCUCUGCGCUCCGGGACGUGGCACCUCCUCGGCUGGCUGUCCACCCACCCCUGCCCCUGCCCCUGCCCCUGCUACUGCCAACCUCGCUCCAACUCCAACAUCCACUCUCUCUUGUUCUUACUUUCCUGAAAAUAUCGGGGAGGUUUUCUCCCCCAGACGCCUGACAUUGAAGUAAAAAAUUUAAAAAGCCCAACCUCUUCCUCCUGACACCCCACUUAGCCUUUUUUUUUUUUUUUUUUUUUUUUAAAAAGCAUUUUGGCGCUCGAAGUUGAUCUCCCCAGUGUGGGCCCCAGCGUGAAGCCAGGGCCCGGGAAGCAAAUGCGAGCCUGUAAGAUAGCUAACAGUGCACUUAAAGGAAAGGGGCAUCUUGUUCUUGUUCUCUUCUUUAUCAUACACCAACCAAGGUUUUUAUAUCAAACCAAAGGGAAAUACUCUGCUAGAAUAUGGACUGUUGAAGUCACCAAACUGUGAUUAUUGAUUCUGUACAUACCAUUGUUAUUAAAAAAAAAAAAAAAGAAGAACAGAGCUUUGUAUAUUUGAAAUGUUAUAACGCAAUUGCACUCAGCGUGGUAUGGUAAAAGUUUGUCCUCCUGUAGAUUCUUACUGUGUUGUAGAUACGGUAGGGUUCCUAGACAAAUAUUUAUGUACUCAAGCCCUUUAUUUAACUUAUUAACUGUAGAGGCUUCCGAAACCUUCAAGAUAAAGGCAAUGGUACAGUACUUUUGUGUAAUGUGUAAUUGUUACCACUUUUCCUUGCUAUCUAGUGGAGAAGUGUCACGCUCAAAAUAAAAAAAAUUAUAUGUUUAACAAAA